AGCAUCGACACAUUGAGCCCGCUGAUUCCUCAUUCCUUGCGUUGUCGUUCCUGUCUGAGAUUCUGUGCACUUCUUCGUUUUCCAGGCCUUGAGCAUCGGGUUUCAAAGCCUAUCGUUACUCGAGAUGAUUGCCACACGUGCCUUCACCAAUACCCUCUUGAAGACAGCUGGAAAUCGGCAGUUCUCGUCGAGCAUAAGAAGGAAUGCAGAUUUCACACAUGCAGUCAUAGGUGGUGGCGUAGUUGGACUGGCUAUCGCACGGAAGCUGCAAGAAAGAGAUGGCGCAUCAACAGUACUGAUAGAAAAGCACGGAUCCGUUGGUACAGAAACGAGUUCGAGAAACAGCGAGGUCAUACACGCAGGACUCUACUAUGGCACCGAUUCGCUUAAGACAAAACUAUGUCUGAGGGGCAAGGAAAUGAUGUACGAGCUUUGCCAAAAACAAUCCAUUCCCCAUCGCAACACAGGAAAAUGGAUCGUAGCGCAAGACUCUACUCAGUUCGAUGCGAUCAGUAAAGUCCACGACUUCGCCUCCAGCGUUGGCGUGCCAACACGCUUUCUCUCCACCAAAGAAGCUAAAGAACGAGAGCCAGACGUCCGCGCUGAAGCAGGCGUACUGGAGAGCUCAUCAACCGGAAUUGUCGACUCUCACAGCCUGAUGCAGUUCCUCGAAGGUGACUUCGAGAACAAGGAUGGCGUGUGCGCGUUUCAGAGUGAGGUAGUAAACGUGCAACCUGUAGAUGCUGGACGUGGAGGAUGGGAAAUCACGACCAAGAGCCCCGAUGGCGCGGAGACAACGAUCACGGCUGAGACUAUCAUCAAUUCUGCAGGACUGUAUGCUGUGGCGAUAUCGAAUAUGAUCUUGCCCGAAAACAGGCAAAGGAAAGCCUUCUACGCAAAAGGAAGCUACUUCAGCUACUCGUCCUCGCGCCCGAAACCCAGCACCCUGGUCUAUCCAGCCCCUGUUCCUGGCCAUGGUGGGCUAGGCACGCAUCUCACACUCGACAUGGGUGGCCGCGUCCGCUUUGGACCGGAUGUGGAGUGGACCGAAUCGCCGACCGACUACACUCCUAACAGCAAGAACCUCAAGGCUGCAAUCGACGACAUCCAGACGUACCUGCCCGGCAUUGAUAGGGAUGCCAUCGCACCAGAUUACGUUGGCAUACGACCGAAGCUGGGCAGACUGGCGGCAACAAGUGGCAAGGACUUUCAGGACUUCUACAUUGUAAAGGAAGAGGGGUUUGAGGGGUUCGUGAAUCUCUUGGCCAUGGAAAGUCCGGGGCUCACGAGUAGCCUGGCGAUUGCGGAGGAGGUAGAGGGAUUGUUAUACAGACAGUUGAAUUGACAGGGUACCUCCGUAGUGCCAGAAGUAUCAAUACCUCCAGGCUGCGCUUUCGACCACGUCUCAGAGGAUACAACUGCUAGAAAGUUUAUUUGUUGAUACGGAUCAGGUAUAUCGACCCGAUAGGCCUCCGCACAACCUUUGUCCUAUUUUGAAAUGUAGUAGUGGAAGAUCUGCUAUACAGCUAGACGGCGUUCGAGAGGCGAGUUAG